AGACGCUUGAUCAAUGACACCCGGUGGCUCAUUUUAUGGCCUCAAAUUUUCUACUAUGAACUAACUGUUGUUUCAUCCUAGCUCCCCUCUCAAGUCCUCUUUGGUAAUUUCUGACGACCAAUCUUGCGACUUGCUGCAUCCUUCUCCAAGUCCCACCUGUCACGAUCAUACCAGCCUACUUACAUCUCUUCGCCUUCCGUUACAAUGGGCAAAUCUCAGAAGAAACGCCAGAUGCGCAGGCACAACCCCAUGCGUGUGCCAGACUCGCAUCUGCCUAAGGGCCUCGACUCUGCCUCUGCCUCUUCGUCGAAGCGGGAGGCGAUCCUGCCUAUCAUGCAAAAGGCGUGUUUCAGAAUGGAAAGCCCAGACGCUGCUGAGCGUAAAUGGGCUUGUGUAGCUGUGUCAAAUUUCAUCCAGAAUGACCCAUCUACGCGUCGCUUACUGCAAGGGAAAAACAUUGUCGGCUCUCUAGUUAACAGGCUGUCCGAUUCCGAUGAAGAGGUGGUGGUAGAGGCCGCAGGGUCAUUACGGAACCUCUGCAUUGAUGGUGGUUAUGACAUUUGUGCUGAAAUGUAUAAUAAGCGCAUCCUAUCCCCACUGAAGGCUUUCAUUCCCAAAAUCUCCAGCACUCUGUCGCAGUACCUGGAAAACCCCAAAACGGCGCCAGACAAUGCUCAGAAGCUCGUCUACGAGUUCGCAGACAACAUCAUCACGAUCCUGUGGUGCCUGUCGGAGACUUCGAACAAAGCCCUGGACGCCAUUAAUCAGAUUGGCCUAGUUCCUUUCCUCAUGUCGUUCCUUGGGUCGAAGGACAAGUUGCCGCUUUCUACGAUCACAUCUGCGGCUCAGUGUUUGUACGUCUUUACCGACGAUAACCCGCCGGUCAGUGGUGAAUUACGGUCAAACGGAGAAUACACCGCUUGUCUCUUGGCUAUUGUUCGGGGGAACGAGGAGACAAGAAAGCCCAAUGGAAAGGGCAAGGAUGUCUCGGAUGAUCGAGAGACCACACUUCGCGUCCUGUGUACUGGUAUCUUGAGGAAUGUGGCACCUAUCCCUCCUCCGUCAAUAGCUGCCAUGGUUGACAUUGACACUGAGCUGAUAUUGCCCGCAUUACUGCCGGUGAUAUCUUCGGCAUCCCUGCCUGAGAUAUCACAGCGUGUGCAAGAGCUCAUCGCACAAGAGGAAGCCGUUCCGGAGAUGGAGAAGCUCUCGCUAAAGGGCGCACCCAAGAGCGAUCACAAGAGCCCCGCGGAGCUUGAGCUUGAACUGCUUGAGCGUCGCUUGCGAACCGUGCAGUUAGCUGUUGAAAUCCUCACCGGUGUCUCUGCGACGCUGCCUGACCCUGAACCGGAGGCUGAAGAAGUCGGCGAAGCGCAGGACGUCAUCGUCCUAACCGGAGUCGGACUUCUAGAUGAGAUGGACGAAGAUGGUGACGACGAGGCCGAAAACACUGACGAAGAAGUCGAGAUGGAGACACAGCCUCAGAAGGCUGCUGCGCCGUCGGCGCUCCCGUCCAUUAUCGAGCCUCUGCUCGCGCUAACUCAGCUCACACCGCUGUCGUUCCCUCCCACGGCCGGCGCGGCAUCACCACAUCCCCCGACAACUUCGGCACUGAGCGCCAUUCAUACCUGUGCCCUGGAAUGUCUCAAUAACAUAUUCUUGUCGCUAGCGUCACCUGCGCAACUGCAGACGCGAGGAUUUACAUCGGAUGCGGAUAGAGAGGCAGGCCCGAAGAUCUGGGACGCGGUGUGGCGCGCCCUUAGCGCCGUGGGAACCGACGUCGAGAGUGCAGGUCAGGAGAGGCGGCGGGAUAUGUGGUAUAUUGGUGUCGGUGUCCUGUGGGGCGUUGCCAUCCUCUGGAAGGGUAUCUUGGUGCCACAAGUGGAACAGGCUAACGUUCUGAUACAGCUUUGCGCGGCAGCAUCGGACCCGGCAGUGAAGGUCAAGUGCAUCGGCACGUUGGAAUGUCUCGCACAGCACCCAGAGUCAAUCGAUGGCAAUCGGAUGAUAUCGCAGUUCCUGGUUUCGCUGCUCGGGCAGCCCGCAGCGGUACCCACGGAACCCCUUCUGCAAGCUGCAUCUGCACUAAUCGACAUUUACUCUGACGAAACGGUGCCGUACGACAUCGUCUUCCGCCAAGGCGGUUACCUACGGUCCCUCACGACCGCCGUUGAGCUAGUGCGCAAGGUCGUCCGCGGCAUUGAUCGCAAACGGGAGCGCGAGCUGCGUCGCCGUGGAGAAGAGGUGCGAGAUAACCUCGUGGCGUUUAUCGAGUAUCGUCGUGCGCUGCGUCUCUAGGCGGCCAGGCUCGUCCUGUUGAGCAGGGGCGGUUUUCGUAAACAAGAUGACUGCGUCACUGGGGCGCGGCUGCCUCGGAGGCGACCCUGGCUCGAUCGUAGU